AUGUUGCGAUUAGUUUUAACAGAGUUUACGUUAGAUGCUAAGGCCCUCCGAUUCUUCCUGCGCCGCUGCCCUUCUCUCCGAUCUGCGGAAGUGACAGAACCGGGGCUGGUGAGUGGAGCCUGCUCAGGCUUGGCAUCUUGUUCAAAGCUCCGUGCCCUGAAGUUGAGCUUGUCCCUGGUACCGAACAUCGUGAACCUGGGACAGGUGUUGAAAUCCUGCAAGCAACUCAGGGUCUUAGUGCUAACGAGCACCUCGGAGUACCAAGUGUCACUGCAAUACCUGACGGAGGAGCUUCCCCGUUCCUGCGGCAUACGGGAGCUCUCUUUCCGACGCUGCUCUGCCACAUGGAAAGACUUGGAGGUGCUGUGCAAGGCAUGCCCCCGGCUUCAAGAGUUGCGUUUGCCCAAGGGAUACAUCGAUGCCGGGGGCCCGCUAAGCCCUCCGCCGCUAGUGCCUUUGGGCCGUUUGAAGCAGUUGCGGGCUGUGGACCUUCGCGGCCAUAGCCGGGCUCAGAAAGCCAAGUGUUGGCUGACUGAUGAUAUGCAUGCAAUGGAUCUGUGCGCCGUUGUGAUUUUCGUGUUCCCGCUUGUGGCAACGUCGCGCGCCGGCUCUUCAUCGGACCAGCUGUUGUUUAUGAUGACUUCGGUCUAUGUAACAGUACAAAUUCCGACUGCUUGCAUGGCCUCCAAUAUCUGGUGGGUUAUCAUCGCCAACCUGGGCAUGGUAGUUGGCUUACUAUUGAGAGCUCCAUAUAGUGACAGCUUCGACCCUGGGCAGUGCCUCCAUGAAUCCACGAUGACUCUGGUUUGGCUGGAGAUUUGCUUCGGCGUCAGCUGUGUAAUCAUAGCCAGGGGAACCCAGGCCUUUCUGAAGAUGAAUGAGCGGCAGCGGAUUCGCUACAAACGAGCAACUACGGAGCUUGAUGCUGCCACGUCCCUGUUACAACUGACUUGCGAUGCAGUUGUUGAGCUCGACGAGGACCUGUGUCUCAAGGACCAUUCCAAGGAGUUGGCGGGGAUUUUGCUGAGAAAGCCGGAUUCCUCGCUGGCAGGCCGCAGCUUUAUGGAGUUUGUCGCCAGCUCUCCCGAAAAGGUUAGCGUGCGUCAGAAGCUCUCGGAUUCAGCAUGUGGCGCAGAGCGUGUCAACGAAUCUUUCGCAAAUGCGUUUCAUACCCGUUUGGUGGACAGUUGCUGCAGCAAGUUUCGCACAGAGGUGUUCCAUGUGAGCUUUCGACGGGAGGAUGGCGAGCAGUGUCAUCUGGUUGGAUUGCGAGAUUUCACAGACCAGGAGUCCUUGGCAAGGGCUCAUGCAAACCGUGACGGGGACGCCAGAAAGCGACAUGGGCGCUUUACCUCUGUGGAUGUACGCCCGCAGUCUCCGAGGAGCUCCGAUCCCAAUGAGGUCUCAAGGAGUCAUACAAUUUCUAUGAUCUUUGACAUGGACAGCCAAAUGGUGGAUGCGGCUUCACCUCCGGUAUGUAGCCUCAUCGGCCUGAGUUUGCCGGAGCUGUUUCCAGAUUCGGGCCACGAGGUAUUUCAGACCGUCUGGUCCAGCGUGGCACCGUACCUCCAAACGGAAGGAAUGGAAGCAGUCGCACACGUGUUACAUCGCUUCGAUGGAUUGCUGGUACGAUGGGGUCCUUCAUUAAAUGAACACAUCGACGGCACGGUGGAGUUGAUUCAAUUGCAGAGGGGUGGCUCCUGCGACUACCGCUUGCUACUCAAAUGUCGUGGAAGCCCUGUGGGUCUCUCAUCAACUUUACCUUCAAACCCGGGACAGAGCAUUGGCGUUCUGCCCGGCACACCUUUGUUUGAGCGCGGCUCCUUUUUGAACGCUUCAUGCGAGAACUCUGGUGGUGCAAGAACCUAA